UUCAACAGUGAUCUAAUGCAAGAACACUGAAUUAAUAGGGCCAGAUACUGAAGACUGCUGAAAGCACUUUGGAUACGAAGCUGAUCAUGGAAGAUGAUUAUCGACGACAGCAUGUUUGCACUGUGGGGGGCAAUCCAAAUCUUUCUUGUUAUCCCACAGCCUCAGUGCACCCGGUAAUGGUGCCAAUGCAGAAGCAGCCAAAGAGAGACUGGCAAAAAGUGUGCACUGUUAUGAUUCUGAUCCUGACGUUAGUAAUACUGGCAUGUCUGGCACUGGGAACAACCUACAUAAUACAACUCAGAAUGGAAUUCGAGAAAAUCAAACAGGUUCAAGGAGAGAAAAGUUCACAUGCAAAGAUGAUUGGAGCUCCAAAAGUUACAAAGCAGUCCACGGUUGCGGCACACCUCACAGGAAUGUGCCCUGCUAAGAAUUCAAAGACACUCCUAUGGGAAGACAGUAAGGACAAUGCCUUCACAAGCGGAAUACAUUACAAAGGAGGUUCAUUGAUCAUUAAUGAAACUGGCCAUUUCUUAAUUUACUCACAAAUCUACUUCCGAGGGUUAGAAUGCAAAUCGAACACGUUGCUGGAACAGAAAGUGUUCAAGCGAACCAACCUCUAUCCAAAAGACGUUGUUCUAAUGAUUACCAGAAACAACUUGUACUGUCCAGAGAAGGAAGAGUUGUGGUCAAGAAGUAGCUUUCAAACAGGAAUAUUUAAGUUAUUCAGAGGAGAUCAUAUAUAUGUGAAUGUGUCAAAUCCAAAAUUAGUUAAUUUUGAUCAGUUUUACACUUUUUUUGGACUACAUAAGCUUUAGUUUAUGCUGAUCAUUUUUAAUUCUUUCUAUGCCUAUGGAUCAUAGACCUAUUUACCUGAGUAAGCUUUUAAGUUAUUUUCUGCAUAUGAUAUGCACAACGAAAAGAGAAGUUUUAGUCAGGCAUGUAGUGGAAUUCAUUUGAAUACAUAUUGAUAAGGACGGGAAUGAGGGUAAAAAUGAUAUUUGCAAAUAAUAUUUACAGUUAUAUAAUGUUGAAAUAAUGCUUAUUGUAAUUAGAUAAUUUCAUCUUAUCCAGCAUUCGCUUAGAUAUGAAUGUAUUUGCAUAUUUGGAAUUGGUUUAUUAUUGUCACAUGUACCAAUAUACAGUGAAAAACUUUGUUUUGCAAGCCAUCCAUACUGAUCAUUUCAAACCAAGUACCUUGAGGUAGUACAUUGGAAAAUCAAUAACAGAAUGCAGAAUAUAGUGUUACAGUUACAUGGAUUGUCAUUAAUAUUUCUUUAUUAUCAAUUUAUGAUUAUUAUUUGAGAGUAUGACUGAUAGGUUCUAUGGGAAGUAUAUUAGAUCUCCUGCAUAACUAUAUAAAGAUGUGAAGAGACACUGCACAGUUUAAUUUCACUGGCCGUAAGAAUGUAAACAAGGUUUUGUGAAGUAAUGACUGUAA